CCUGGGGAUUUUUCAUACCUCAGUCCUAGUGCCUCUCAUCCCUUAGCUUCCCAAGGAGCCAGCAAACACUGGCCAGGAUGGGAUGUGGAGAUAAGAACGAGGAGUGUUGGUGACAGAUGUUCCACCUCUCGGCCCCAUCUCCUCUCUCGGAUGCUUUUGUCAGGUUUCCUGGCCCAGCAUGACCACUCAUGUCCUCCAACAACUGUCCACCCCACUGCGGCUGACAUGACACUGGAGCCCCUGCACUGACACCAUGUUCCCAUCCACAGGGUGUGCCGCCAGGAAGGCCAGCUCCAAGGCCCUGCCUGCCUGUCCAGUGCCACCCAGACACCAGGGGCCUCAGGACAAGACACCCAAGGAGAUCCCACCAGAGGCCGUGAAGGAGUACAUGGAAAUCAUGGACACGUUGCUGGGGCCAACACCCUUGUCCUUGGAGCCUCCCGAUGGCCACCCAGAAGAGGACACAGAUGAAGGUUUCCUGGAGAAUGAGGGGUCAUACCCGGACCCGGAAAUGCUGUCCUACAUUGACCAUCUAUGCUCCCAGGUGGAUUUUGUCACCAAGGCGGAAGCCAUCAUUCACCCCAGAUUCCUGGAAGAACUGCUUUCCCCAGAUCCACAUCUGGACCUCAAGGCCCUGUCCAAGGAGCUGGAGAAGGAGGAAGGGCUGACUGCUGGCCAGGUGAUGGCGAAGCACUGCUCCUUGAAAGAGGAUGGGGCUGUGGGGGCAACCCCCAGUCAUGGUGUGCCCCAACUGAACCCCAGCAAUUCUGAAUCUGGACCCCAACAAAGUGCACAGAGUGACAACCAGGGCCCCCGCCUUGGGGCCAGAGCUGAGUGCUUCUCUGGGUCGAUGUCUUCCCAAGACCUGCAGAGACAUGUUGUCCCAGACACCCCCCUGUGCAGGCCUGAGGUUAAUGCUGUCUUUAGUGGACAUCGGGAGUGUCCCUCACUGGGGGCCACCAAAGAUGCCAGGAGUUUCAGAGGAGGACCCUCUGUUGGGGGCUCGCACGCACCACUGGACAACUCCAGUGAGAACGAGGAGGAACUUCCCAGUCUCUCCUUCCUCCUGGCCUCCCAGCACCACCUGCUGCCCUUGGGCUUUGCACGGAGCGAGGCCUCUGCUGAAGACCUGCCCUGCCUUGGAGCUGGGAAUCCUUGCAGAGCACCAAAACCCCUGUCUACCCAUGGAAGGGACCCUAGGGGACCCCUCCCACAUGCUGCAAAGUCCAGGAAGCAAGCUCUGCAGGGAGGCCAGGGCCCUGCAAAAAAGAAGCCCUGCCCAGUGCCUCAGCUCAGGGCUUCUGCAGGGCAGGCCCAGGCUCUGGGCUCUGUGGGAAACUCCCAGGCUCAGAAGAGGAAACGUGACCACUUGGUCACCAGGAGGAGGAAGAAGCACCAUUCAGCCCACUAGGUGGCGCCAGGGCUCUGGGAGCAGCUCCUCCAGGUGCAGCCUGAAGCACAUGGACCCUAACUCUGCCCUGCACCCAAAGUGCUGACCCUGCUGUUCCUCACCACAAGAGGGCGACUCUAGGAGCCCCGGGUGGAGGGACCUGGGGCAAGAGUGUGGAAUCAUCCCUUUGGGACUUUGUUUGUGUAAAUAA